AUGUCCACAAAUCAAAUAGUUGGGGUUGCAGCAGUCUCAUUGCUUACUGGAUGCUGCAUAGGUGCGUUACUAACUCAUCAGUGCACAAGACCAGUAUCUGUCAAGCAAGAAAAGAAGGACAAACGGAUAUCGAAAGAUAAUGCUGCAACCAAAAAUACUGAAGAGAAAAGCAGUACCGUAAGCGAGGAUGAAGAUGAAGAUGAGUCGGAUGAAGAGCUCUUGGAAGUUGAUUCAUCCUCACUUAACAGAGUUCCAGGUGAAGUUAGAAUGGCCUUAGUUGUGCGAACAGAUCUUGGAAUGCAGAAGGGUAAAAUAGCAGCACAAUGUGGACAUGCUGCAGUCACGUGCUACAAGCUGAUGAGUGAUGCAGACUCUAAUGCAAGAAAUCCAACAAUGCUACGCAGAUGGUAUGCUGGUGGCCAGGCUAAAAUUGCACUUAAAUGUCCGCAUGAGGAAGAUAUGGAUCUUCUUUUUGCCAAGGCAUUGAGUCUAAACAUCAAUGCUUACGUAGUCCAUGAUGCAGGUCGUACGCAGAUUCCAUCAGGCAGUGCAACUGUGUUGGGAUUGGGUCCGGCUCCUAAAUCUGUACUUGACAAAGUCACGGGUGUGUUGAAGUUGCUAUAG